CAACGUUAGGCCGCCCCACUGCCUAGCGCGACCUGUGCUAGCGUGCGAGAAGUACGUCAGGACCUACUUUCACCGACACUGUUACACGUCGCGAUGACGUUCGCGUCGCUCCCAAAGGACCCUCUGCAACGCAAGCGACACGGGGCCAUUGUACCAAUCAACUACUCUACCUGAAUGGCUUACUUCUGGAGGUAGACCGACGUUCCAGUACAGGUCUCCAGCGCCACGUCACACGGUCCACUCUCGGUUGCCUUUUGCUGCUCAGAGUGGAGUUGUUGCCAUACAGAGAGGCAUGCGUUAGAGGGAGACAGAAGGACGUUUCGCAACGCUCCUGUGCAGCAGGCUCCAGCCGCUCCAGCCGGGCUCCGCAGCGCCGGGGUCCCUGCCAGUGCGGCGCCCCUCUCCUCUCAGGUCCUGCAGUCGACUGCGAGGACAGGGCGAGCCUGGACGUCUGGAGAGAAUCCCAUUGGUCGUCCGGUGCGUGCGGCUGCGGAGAAUGAGCGCCAUGACUGGAGAGCCCCUCGGGGCGCUGGCCCCCGCACCCUGCGCACCCCGGGUCGAGACAGUGCGCCAAACUGCACCAGCAGCAGCGGAAGACCUCCCGAUGCAGUGGGUGACGGGCGAGCCUCUCCAGCGGCUGCUCCGGGACUUCAGCGGCGAACGCACCGGCUACGUCAGGAUAUCCGACAAGGGCUACUUCUUCCCGAGCAAGUUCGCCACGGAGAUGCCGCACUUCGUCAACUUCAAGGCGCGCCCCAGCGACACGUGGGUCGUGACGUACCCGCGCUCGGGCACCACGUGGACUCAGGAGAUGGUGUGGCUGCUCGCCAACGACCUGGACUUCGACACGGCCCGGAGCGUUCCGCUCAACGACAGGUUCCCCUUCUUCGAGUUCAGCGGCUUCUUCCACGAGGCGACGACCCGCGAGUUCCUGGAGCACAACGCCGGCAGCACGGAGCGCCAGCAGGCCGUGCUGGACAUGGCCACGCCCGGGUACCGCCUGCUCGCCAACGCCCCCAGCCCGCGCUUCAUCAAGACCCACCUGCCCUUCACGCUGCUCCCCAGGAACCUGCUCAACUCGGGCGCCAAGGUCAUAUACCUAGCCCGGAACCCGAAGGACGUCGCGGUGUCCUUCUUCCACAUGAACAGGCUCAUUCUGACGCAGGGCUACACCGGGGACUUCGAGACGUACUGGAACUAUUUCCAAAACGAUUUGCACGCGUGGACUCCGUACUGGUCCCAUUUAGAAGAAGGCUGGCAGCGCAGAACGCAUCCAAGGGUCCUCUUCAUGUUUUAUGAGGAAAUGCGCAAGGAUACUCCUGCAGCCAUCAGGAAGGUGGCACAUUUUCUCGGAAAGCAGCUGAACGACGAACAAGAGGCAAGACUAGGCAAUCAUCUCGACAUCGUGAACUUCAGGAAAAACCCCGCCGUCAAUUCGGAGGCCCUAUACGACCUUGGGAUCAUGAGGCGGGACGAGCAGGCAUUUAUUCGUAAAGGCGAGGUUGGCGGCUGGAAAAAUUACUUCACCCCCGAGUUGGAGGCCCAGGCGGACCAAUGGAUAGCAGAGAAUCUUGCCAAGACGGACAUGCGUUUCCCAGACUGUAAAUCUGGCUGUUAACACUAGAGGUCCUUAGCACGUUCAGUGCUACGUGACCCACACCGUGGGUCCCAAUAACAUGGGAUUGCCUACCCCCGCCGCACUCAACGUGUUAGGCUCUAUUGUCUCCGUUAUUUAGACAUUGAUAUUUGUAGAUCUCUUACAGCAUUAGCAGUGUGCUAUGGAACCCAACCAUUAAUCGGUUUGAUGUAAAGUAAAUAAAAUGUCAUGCAAGUUUCAGAAA